AUGAAUGAAUUGUCCAUAUGGUUCCUUUAUGGGGCCAGGCUCGAAACCCCACCGCGUCCCGAAAGCCCUCCCAAACCGGCACCUACCAGACUGCUUAUCGCUUGUCUCUUCUUGUCGCCUCCUCUUGUUCCCCAUCACAGAAAGAACAAUCUCCCUCUCGUUUUUGCCGAAUUUUUCUAUUUUUGAAUAAUUAUGGAUACUCAGAAAGAAGAAUUUCUCAAAGAGUUCGGUCAAGAUUACGGGUACCCGAAUGCUCCAAAGAACAUUGACGACAUCCGAGCUUCCGAAUUCAAGAGAUUAGGGGAUGUUGUUUACCUGGACCACGCGGGAGCUACUUUGUACUCUGAGCUACAGAUGGAAGCGAUAAUUAAAGAUCUAACUACUAAUGUUUACGGCAAUCCUCAUAGUCAAAGUGAGUCCAGCUUGGCUACCUCUGAAGUUGUAAGGGCAGCACGUCAACUGGUCCUUGAUUACUGUAAUGCAUCGCCCAAAGACUACAAAUGUGUAUUUACUUCUGGAGCAACAGCAGCACUGAAGCUGGUUGGGGAGGCCUUCCCUUGGAGAAGAGAAAGCAGUUUCAUGUACACUAUGGAGAACCAUAACAGUGUGCUUGGGAUCAAAGAAUAUGCUCUCAAUCAAGGAGCUAUGGCUUUUGCAAUAGAUAUUGAAGAGCUUGAGAAUUAUAGUGGACUACCAAGAAGGGAUGCCUCUUCAAUUAAGGUUUCACGCUACUCUGUGCAAAGAAGAAAUGAAGCCCCAGUCCAAGAAGCACCUGAAGGUAAUAUUUACAAUUUAUUUGCAUUUCCAUCAGAAUGCAAUUUCUCUGGUAGGAAAUUUAGCCUCGACCUGGUGAAGAUUAUCAAGGAAGAUUCUGAGAGAGUUCUGGAAGGCCCGCCACAUAACAACAGGGGGUGCUGGAUGGUCUUGAUUGAUGCUGCGAAAGGUUGUACCACACAACCACCAGAUCUGGCUAGUUUUCCUGCAGAUUUUGUUGUCAUCUCAUUUUAUAAGAUAUUUGGCUAUCCAACUGGGCUUGGGGCUCUCAUUGUUCAUACAGAAGCUGCAAAGUUACUAAAGAAGACAUACUUUAGUGGAGGCACUGUAGCUGCAUCUAUUCCAGACAUUGACUUUAUUAAGAGAAGAGAAGGUUUCGAAGAAUCAUUUGAGGAUGGCACCCAGUCAUUUUUGAGCAUAGCUUCCAUCCAUCAUGGGUUCAGAAUAAUCCAUUCUCUAACAGCAUCUGCUAUAGCCCGGCACACAUCAUCUCUUGCAACUUUUGUGCGGAAUAUGCUUUUAGCUUUGAGGCAUGAAAAUGGCGCUUCUGUUUGUAUACUUUAUGGAAUGCAUGGUGCAAAGGUACCAAAACAUAAAUUUGGACCUACAGUGACAUUCAAUUUGAAACAUCCAGAUGGUUCAUGGGUUGGAUACCGGGAAGUGGAAAAGUUGGCAUCUUUAUCUGGAAUUCAGCUGCGGACAGGGUGCUUUUGCAACCCUGGUGCUUGCAUGAAGUAUCUGGGUUUAUCUCACAUGGAUAUUCUUUUAAAUGUUGAGGCUGGGCAUAUCUGCUGGGAUGAUUAUGAUAUACUUCGUGGAAAACCAAUUGGAGCUGUUAGAAUAUCCUUUGGAUAUAUGUCAACAUUUGAAGAUGCCAGGAAAUUUAUUAGCUUUGUAGUAAAAUAUUUUGUUUCGAAGCCAAAUGCAACUGCAACCCAACAUCUUUCAUUAGAAGAGUCAUUAUCUUUGUCAAAAACAGGUGUUUUAAACAGUCUCUCAACUGUAGGUAUUUAUGUGAGAUCCAUUACUGUUUAUCCAAUCAAAUCAUGUGCAGGAUUCAGUGUGGAUAGUUGGCCUCUAAGCAAUUCUGGCCUGUUACAUGAUCGGGAAUGGAUUCUCAAAAGCCCAAAUGGGGAAAUUCUUACUCAGAAGAAGGUUCCAGAAAUGUGUGUUAUCAGUACAUUCAUUGAUCUCAAUCAAGGUGUAUUGCUUGUAGAGUCACCACAUUGCAAAGAAAAACUGCAGAUUAAUCUUGAAUCUGAUUCUUAUGGUGUAAAAGAAGAAAUGGUUUUACAUGCCCAAAGAUAUGAAGUGCAGGGUUAUGAUAAUGAAGUUGACAUGUGGUUUACCAAUGCUAUUUGUCGACCAUGCACCUUAUUAAGAUUCUCCAGUUCAGAGGAUCCCUGUUACAUGAAUAAAUGCAAUACUGGUACAUGCAGAGAUGUUGAGAGCAGGUUGAAUUUUGUCAAUGAAGCUCAAUUCUUGUUAGUUUCCCAGGAGAGUGUCUCUGAGCUCAACAGCAGAUUAAUGAUAAAUAUGCAAAAAUCUAGUAAUGGACAACCAAUUCAUGUUGAUCCAAUGAGGUUCCGUCCCAACCUUGUCAUCUCUGGAGCAGAACCAUUUGCUGAAGAUUGUUGGAGAGAGCUUAGGAUUGGGAACAAAUGCUUUACAUCCCUAGGUGGGUGCAAUCGAUGCCAAAUGAUCAAUAUUGAUCAUCAUACUGGAAAAGCCCAAAGGUCAAAAGAACCGUUGGCAACUUUAGCAUCAUUCAGGAGAUUGAAGGGAAAGAUUACUUUUGGGAUCCUGCUGAGGUACGAGAAAAGUGAGAUGGUAGGAAGCAUUGAGGAUUCAACGUCUUUGCUUCAAGUGGGUGAAAGAGUGUAUCCAGUAUCCAAUCAGUUGUAAGGAUACCUUGGAAAAAAGGCUUCACUACAGCAUGAAAAUAGGGUUGAAGGGUGGGGCAGACUGUGUGGGGUCGGGAUGAUGGGGAAAGGUUCUGCAGUCACAUCUACCUUUCCUCUAUGGAACUGACAAAACAUAUAAAAGUUAACAGAAGGGUAAAAAAAGAAAAUAUAUAAACAAAGGAAAAGAGAAAAGGAGAUUAAAUUCUUUAUACCAAAUUAAGAACAUUGUAACUGCAUGAGAUGAGCUCUAGACUGAAUGAAGACUGAGGUUGUCAACAUGUAAUCAUGUAUAAUGUAUACUUGAAGCUUGUAUGUUUAUUACUCACCAAAUAGAAUUUUGUAUAUUAUUGGUUACCAAAUAAAAGUUUGUAUUUUA